UCCAUGCAACACUCCCUCGGUAUCUGGCAACAGUGACAGAUAUAAACACCGAACAGCUGUCUUUUGACAAGUGUGCUUGCGAGUUACUGCGGGUUUUCUUCAAGAACAUUCCACCUUCGACAGGACCUGAAAUAUGACGGCUUAUCAGUAGAAGGGAAAUCACCCAGGAAAAGAAUAAAAAGAAAGAAAAUGAAGAAGCUGAAAGAUAUCUGUGCCCUCUGUGUUCCUCUCCUGUGGGCUUUGGUGCUCUCCCUCGACCUGUGUGGGUGCGAGGGAGCAGCUCUCAGCCCGGCUCUUCUCAGUGACCUUAAAGGAAGAUGCCCCAUUGCUGACUCACAGAUCCAUGAAAAUGCUGUUCCCAAAGGAGGCAAAAAUGCUGGAAACUUCAGUGUCAUUGCAAAUGCCACAGACAUGUCAUCGUGUGUUAGGGCUUGCUGUUCUAACACAAAAUGCCACAUGGCACUCUUACAUGACAGCAGCUGCCUGAAUGUAGAGUGCAAGACGGAAGACAUGUGUGUGCCUGUGCCUUCCAAUGGAUCAUCCGUAGUUGUUGUUCGCGCUGCAGGGGUGGAUGCUGAGUGGAUUUCUGCCCCACUUGACAGUAAUACGCACAUGGACACCAGCAGGCUAGGGGAUGGAGAAGCCCCAAACAUCAAAGAACUGACAAUGCCUACCAAGAGUCCUACAGUUCGGGACAAGAGGUGCGAGGUGGGUCUGAGGAUGUGCCGGAAGAAUGAGGAAUGUGUGCCCUUUGGUGAGAAGAGGCGGGAUGGAAGCUGCAAGUGUGUCUCUGGGUAUCUUCUGAAUGAAAAAACAGACGAGUGCACGAGAGAGGCUUCAUCAGCAGGUGCCAUAUCCACCACUACCACUGUAGCCCCCAGUGCAGAGCCUGGAACAAAGGGCAAUGCCUCUGCCUCUGCAAUGGGUUCUCCUUCCUCCUCGCCGCCAGACAAGGGUUCUGCUAAUACGUCAUCUAAUACACCAAGUGUUGUAGCCUCCACACCUAGCCCAGGAAGCUUAUCCCCAAAGCCUAUGGAAAAGCUUGUUGUGAGCAUUAAUAACAAGACUGUGUACCUACCAGCUGGCAGCACAGUGUAUGACAAGAGAGUCACUCUUUCUGCAUAUGCUAUUGGAGCAGACACUGAGAACAAAUAUGAGUGGACCCUUCUGAAGCAGCCAGACAGCGAGGGCAGUGACCCUGGCUCAGUCAGUGACACCAACAGUCAGACAAUAACCCUCUCACACUUGAUCCAGGGCGUUUAUAUAUUCAAGGUGGUGGUGGAAGCCCCAGGUGCAUAUGGACAGGCAGUUGGCAACGUCACCGUUCUCCCUGCCAAGCGGAUCAACCAACCUCCCACAGCCAUCAUCAAUUCUCCUUCAAACACCAUUAAGCUCCCCAAUUCCGGUGUGAUCAUCGACGGCUCAGGAAGCACAGAUGAUGCAGGGAUCGUGUCUUAUCGUUGGGAAAUGGUCACAGCACCCCUGGGGUACAAGCUGGCAGAAGAGACAGGGCCCACGGUGCAGCUUACCGAUCUUAUUCCUGGAAACUACACAAUAAUGCUGCGUGUGAAGGAUGAGGAAGGCCUCGAGGGCAACGCGACUGCUGUCCUCAGUGUCAUCAAGGAGACAGAUUAUCCUCCAACGGCAAAUGCAGGAGGAGACCAGAUCAUCUACCUACCUCAGACGGAAAUAACCCUGUAUGGCAACGCGAGCUCAGAUGAUCACGGCAUCGAGGGCUGGGAAUGGACCAAGGGGCCCAAGGAUUCCGGGAAGGCAGUUGACAUGCAGGAUACAAGGACUCCAUACUUGCAUCUAAGCAACCUAGAGGAAGGCUUCUACCAGUUCAUCUUACGUGUUCAGGAUGCAAUGGGCCAGCAGUCCAACGCUUCUGUAAACGUGUAUGUUCAGAAGCCCAAUCUCUCUUCACCCAAAGCCAAUGCAGGUACAGACAUCCAACUUGUUCUCCCCAAUACAACAGUCACCUUGGAUGGGAGCCACAGUACAGACAUUUCUCAGAGCACUCACUACCUCUGGAAACAAAAGAAUGGACCAAAUACUGCACAUUUUGAUAGCAUGGAUAGCAAGAAGGUGACUGUGUCAGGACUGACAAAGGGGAAGUAUGAAUUUCUCCUUACAACCUGGAAUGGGGAAGACCCCCUGAAGAACACCACUGACACUGUCAUGGUUGAUGUUAUACAAGACCAGAAUAUGCCUCCAAAGGCCAACGCAGGUGGGGACUUCAGUGUGACCCUUCCUGUGUCAGUGGUGAUGGUUGACGGCUCUAAGUCUAGUGAUGACGUGGCUGUAACCAAGUGGCUAUGGGAAAAAGAGGCCAUGUCACUGGCAGCAGCCAAAGUCAUCAACUCCUCAGACCAUUCACCUGUGCUUAUGUUCACCGAUGUGGUUGCUGGGGUCUACAUCUGGAAACUGACUGUGUGGGAUGACCAAGGUGCCUCAAGCUCUGACACAGUGUCCAUCAUUGUCAAGUCCAGUCCACAUGAACUGGAUGAGGUAGAGGUGGUAGUAGGUGGUGAUAUCGGUGCUCUGAGUUACUCCCAGCUGUCUACUCUGUUGCAGAAACUUGAGCUGUUCCUCCAUACUGGAGAUCGCGUUGUGUCUAUCAAGCUUAUUUCUCUCACAGGACUUCCUCAUUCAGGACAAGUAAGACUGACUGUUCUAGCAUAUGCGGGCAAGGAUGUUGUCAAGGGGACCGAUGUUGUGUACUCUCUUCGACAUCAGGUUUUGUCAGAAUCACCAGACUUAUUGGACUUGCCUCUCCUGAGUGUGGACACAGUUGUGUGCCAGAAUGAUUGUUCAGGUCAUGGGGAAUGUAUUCAGGCAACAAGGGAGUGCAGAUGCCACACUUGGUGGAUGGAGUCAUUUCUACGCAGACACAUGGGGGAUGGCAUGCAAAACUGCGACUGGAGUGUGGUGUAUGUGUUUGUGACGAUGUGUUCUGUGGUCCUGGUCGUGGGCCUGAUGGUGUGGGGCAUUGCCACCCUGCUCAUGAGGAAAUUUGGACAAAACUCUAGGCCUCGGCGCAAACCUCCACGCUACACACUGCUUGAUGGCCAUGACGAGGGAACCAAACUGAAGAAUUCCCGCGUCCAUGGAGGCCUGCUGGACUCGGGGUCAGAGAGCGACAGUGAUGCGGAAGUCCUCUUUGAUUCCCGUAAGGCCAAGCACAAGAUGGACAAACCCCGAAAUGGCUACCACAAGUUUGGAAGAGUGCGCACCUAGGCAGGAGAUCAAGAGGGCGUGAGAGACGGAGUCCCAGGUUGGCAGGAUGGAGUUCAUUUAUGUACAUAUAUAUAUAUAUG